AUCUCCAAUCUGUUCUCCUUUUUUCACGGUGAGUUUAACCGAUCCAUUUGUGAUUACUCGAACAAGUUUGUAAAACGUGUGUUAAAAAAGUCUCGAGAAUAAGGAACGAAAUUAUUAGAGGGCAGUUCGGUAUUCGUAAUUUUUUCCACUCACCUCGAGAGUCGGCAACUUCGACGACGAACCGCACGCAAUUCUUUUCGCGCCAUCUUCUUGAGGAAAACGAUCAAAAAUCCGCAGUAAACUCGUCCUCGAAGAAUAAAUAAAAAACAACAAGGAUGGCAGACAUUGAGGAUACUCACUUUGAAACCGGAGACUCUGGUGCUUCUGUAACAUACCCUAUGCAGUGUUCUGCACUGCGUAAAAAUGGGUUUGUAAUGCUCAAAUCACGACCAUGUAAAAUUGUAGAAAUGUCAACAUCAAAAACUGGAAAACAUGGCCAUGCCAAAGUACAUCUUGUAGGCAUUGACAUUUUUACUUCAAAAAAGUAUGAAGAUAUUUGUCCUUCUACGCACAACAUGGACGUGCCAUUUGUUAAGCGAGAAGAUUACCAGCUAGCAGACAUAUCUGACGAUGGCUACUUGUGCCUGAUGGCUGAUAAUGGUGAACUUCGUGAAGAUUUAAAAAUUCCUGAUGGUGAAUUAGGUGCUCAGUUACGUGCCGAUCACGAGGCUGGAAAGGAGCUUCUGUGCACUGUACUGAAGGCCUGUGGUGAGGAGGUCGUGAUCGCCAUCAAAACUAACACUGCCAUCGAUAAAUAAUUGUGUUCAGUCCAGACUCCACCAUCACAUUAAAGAAAAAAACAAAACACACACAGCUAAUAUAUUAUUAAGAGAAACCUAAGAUACAAUACAAGAUGAUCAAUGGUUAACAUAAGAACUAUUACCAACAACAAAUAGAGAGGAAAAGAGUGGGGGGCACUUGAAAAGAAUAAAAUGAAGGGAAAGGAAGUAAAAAUAAGGAAAAGGAAAGAGACAAACAAUUAUAUAAUUAUAAAAAAUGAAAGGAAGGGAAAACAAAUGUGCGCGAGCGUGUAAGUGUGAAGGAGGAGAGGAUUACAAAUAAUUGCAAAAAAAAGAAAAAAAACAAAUAAAAAGAGAAUAAACCAAGAAACAGUAUCAGCUUAGACCUUAAAAAAACAAAGAAUGUUUUUGGCGGCUUAAUGGGUUGAGAUUAAAAAUGCAAUUUUGACAAUGG